GUGGCCAACAGAGAGAAACCAGUUAUUGAUUCAAUGGCAAGUCUAAAGAUUGGUAGUGAUGGAAAUCUGAAGCUUGUAGACGGCAAUGAAGUAACUCUCUGGUCAACCAAUGUUUCUGUCCGAUCAAAUAGUUCAGUGGAUGUCCUUUUGGAUAAUGGGAACUUAGUUCUACGUGAUGGUUCAUCUGAACAGGAGUUAUGGCAAAGCUUUGAGCACCCAGGUAAUAGUUUAUUACCUGGUGCAGGUCCCGGGUAUGAUCUUGAAACAGGUGAGAAACGUGUCUUAUCAUCCUGGAAAAGUAAUAGUGAUCCAUCACCUGGAGAUUUUGUCGCUGAACUUGUAAUCCGGUCACCACCACAACCUUUUAUUUGGUUAUGGAUCACUAUUACUUAAACUUCAUAUUAAAAUUCAUGCUGAAGU